UUUCAUAGCUUCUGUUUUUCCCUCUUUCUUUCUUUCUCGUUGCUUUUCCUUCAUGCUUGAUUAAAUUGAGGUACAGGUACGACGUACAUACUAUGUAAUACUAAUGUACAAGUACAUGUACAGUACUUCGGAAUAAAGCGAGUCAGUCCAUUGGGGUAUUCCAGCGACUCGUGGCCAUAUCCAGGAAGCAAUUGUGUUGUGAACAGAGCUUCAGAGUGUGGCUGGCCGAGAUAGUUACGUUACCUUGCGGAGUAGUUAUUUAAUCCGACCGACCGCGGAAACGGGGGAAGAGACAGGGAGCGCGGGAAGUAGUUAUUUAUUAGUUAUUUACAGCUCGCAAUUUAAAGAAUCUCUGCUGCUGCAGGGAAAACGAGCCGAUCCCUGGCUAUGCUCGUGUUGAAAUGAUCUGUCUGUCCUCCGUACGUACUCCAAUAUGCCUCCGCGGGAUCCUGAUUUGGGCUUUGUAUUGUGGUCAUCUAUUAUAUUCCAGAUCUCUUGGUUGUUGCGGGCCAGCAAGCUGUUCUUUGUUUGAUUGUUGUAGCUUGUUUAAAUACUCAAACAUCAAUUCCUUGAAAUGAAUGCCUUGAUGCAAAAACACGACACAGCAAACAAUAAUAAACAACGGAGGGACGGAUACAUAUUUAAACGCCAUCAGAAAAGGCCAAGUGUUGAGAUCAGAUCUAUUGCUUCAAUCACUCCCAUCCUAACUCUUCUCAAUCCAAAACCAAAAGAUGAUCCCAUCACUGCUGUCUCUCACUGCUCUCACUGCUCCUCUCCUCCACCUCCUCCUCCUCCUCCACCUCCUCCUUGCUCACUUGUCAACCGCCACGCUGCUACUACACCCAAUACCACAGCCAUCGAAACCCCAAUGCUCCCAGUACUACGAACCCCUCUGCUGCCGCAACUCCUUCCCCCAGAUGUAUCCCAAGAAUGCCGUCUGGGCGUAUAUGUGCCGGGAUCCUGAGGGCGGAUCAUGCCUCCCAACGAUUGAGGAACCGCUGUGCUGUCCGCCAGGUGUAAGUUCUCAAAUCUGGAAGUGGAAAAGUUCCCAUCAUUUUCCCCAUCCUUCUCCUCUGUAACCACUAGACCAUCCCCUGCGAAUGAGGAAGAGGAGGGGGGGGGGGGGGGGGG